UGAUUGUUCUUUUUUCAUCUACUCCCAAGUUGCAAAAUGUUACGGACUGUGAAACCAAAGAAUGCUCGGUCAAAGCGAGCCAUGGAGGCUCGACAGCCAAAAGAAGUUGAAGAUGCUCGAAUAGCGAUAUUUGUGAAGGGUACGAAGACUGGGGAAGUUCUCAAUGGUGUAAUGAAAGAUAUGAUGGCCCUUAAGAGACCCGAUGCUAUAUCUUUUUCCAAGAAAAAUGUGAUCCAUCCUCUUGACGCUCAAAAUACUGCCUCUGGUUCCUCUUCAAUGUCCUCCUUGGAAUUCUGGUCAUCUAAAAACGACGCAUCGAUGUUUGUCAUCGGACAAACGUCCAAAAAACGCCCAAACGACUUGACAUUUGUGAGGAUGUUCGACGGUAAAGUGUUGGAUAUCGUCGAAGCCGGAGUGGAGAACUACGUUAGCAUGGAAUCUGUUCCGGGCUCGAAAUCAACACCAGGUCACAAACCAUUGAUGCACUUUGCUUCAGAACUUUUCGAUACCCAUCCUCGCUUUAUUCAGCUCAAAUCGAUGCUGAUGUCACUCUUCAACGGCGAAGUCGUCGAAUCAAUAUAUUUAAAAGGCUUGGAACACGUUAUUAGUGUUUCCUUAGCACCAACCCCCGCUACUCUCAACACCACAACCGAGUCUGCGACUCCCUUACCAAAAGUCCACAUACGGACAUAUACCACUCGUUUACUUGCCUCUGGUUCUCGGAUCCCUCGCGUUGAGCUUACUCCUAUGGGUCCGUCGAUGGACCUUGUGCUGAGAAGACACACCAACCCUGAUCCCGAGCUACUCAAACAGGCUAUGAGGCGUCCGAAGUUGAAGAAGACAGAUGUAGAGAAGGGGUUGGGUAAGAAGAGGAAGAAUCUGGAUGUUGAUGAGAUGGGUGAUUUGAGAGGAAGAGUGCACGUGGGGAAGCAGGACUUGAGUAGGUUGCAGACGAGGAAGAUGAAGGGACUCAAAGCAGGGGCUUUUGAAGAUGGGGGCGAUGAUGGUGCUGGUGAUAGCGGCAGCGAUGACGAUGAGGCUUCCAAUAAAAAGAGAAAGCUGUCUUGAGAAAUACGUUCUCUAUAUGCGUUUGACGUUGCCUGGGUUUAUUUACAUUCAUCUUGUCUUAUCGAAUUUUACUUCGAUUGCUAUUUUCCAUUCAAAUACGAACCUAAUCCUAUCCGUGACA